AUGACAAACAGUUCAUUCUUCUGCCCAGUUUACAGAGAUCUGGAGCCAUUCACAUAUUUUUUUUAUUUAGUUUUCCUUGUUGGAAUUAUUGGAAGUUGUUUUGCAACCUGGGCUUUUAUACAGAAAAACACAAAUCACAGGUGUGUGAGCAUAUACUUAAUUAAUUUGCUUACAGCCGAUUUCCUGCUCACUCUAGCAUUACCAGUGAAAAUUGUCGUCGACUUGGGUGUGGCACCUUGGAAGUUGAGGAUAUUCCACUGCCAAGUAACUGCCUGCCUCAUCUACAUCAAUAUGUACUUAUCAAUCAUCUUCUUAGCUUUUGUCAGCAUUGAUCGCUGUCUCCAGUUGCUUCACAGCUGCAAGAUCUAUCGAAUACAAGAACCUGGAUUUGCCAAAAUGAUAUCAACCGUCGUGUGGCUAAUGGUCCUUCUUAUAAUGGUGCCAAACAUGAUAAUUCCCAUCAAAGUCAUCGAGGAAAAGUCAAAUGUGGGCUGUAUGGAAUUUAAAAAGGAGUUUGGAAGGAACUGGCAUUUGCUGACAAAUUUCUUGUGUGUAGCAAUAUUUUUAAAUUUCUCAGCCAUUAUUUUAAUAUCCAACUGCCUUGUAAUUCGACAACUCUACAGAAACAAAGGCAAUGAAAAUUAUCCAAAUGUGAAAAGAGCUCUCAUCACCAUACUCCUAGUGACUGCAGGCUACAUCGUGUGCUUUGUUCCUUACCACAUUGUCCGAAUCCCAUACACCCUCAGCCAGACGGAAGUCAUAUCUGACUGUGCAACCAGGAUUUCACUCUUCAAAGCCAAAGAGGCCACGCUGCUCCUAGCUGUAUCCAACUUGUGUUUUGAUCCUAUCCUAUACUAUCAUCUCUCAAAAGCAUUCCGCUUAAAGGUCACUGAGACUUUUGCCUCACCUAAGGAGACCAACGCUCAGAAAGAAAACUCAGGAUGUGAAAAUGAUGCAUAA